AUGGAUUAUCUAUCUAAUAUCUAUCUAUUUCUAUCUAAUCUAUCAUUUUCAUUAUCUAUCUAUCUAUCAUCUCAAGCAGCUGUAGCAAAAAAAAUUACCCAAAGACCUCGGAAUUACACUAUGAAAAUAUUCAUAAAUCUUCAGUAUCUUUUAUCUAUCAGUUAUGUAUCUAUCUAUCUAUCUAUCUAUCUAUCUAUUUCUUUCUGCAGUAGACCAGUUGCCAUCAAGGCUAUAGAACCGGUUCAUUAUUUAUCUAUUCUAUUUCUCAUCACGUUUAAUGUCUCCAACAUUUCUGUCGUUUUCUUUCUCUUCAUCUACAUUAAUCUUUUCUAUCUCCAUGUUUGUCUUUUUUUUCAUCUUUUCUACCGAUUGCUACUUUUUUCUUUUUCAUCUCCGUUUUUUCAUCUUUUAUGCAUUUUUUUCUCUUCAUCUCCGUUUUUUCAUCUUCCUUUUCAUUUUUUUCUUUAA